AUGACAGUGCACACUUAUGUGUGGGAAAGCUUUGAUGCUGCCAGUACAUUUCAAGUACAUGAAAGAACACACACUGGAGAGAAACACUAUGAAUGUAAGAAAUGUGGGGAAGCCUUCAGUUCUCACUUAAGCACUGAAAAACACAUGACAAUACAUGAAAGCGCACACACUGGGGAGAAGCCCUGUGAAAGUAAGAAAGGUGGGAAAGCCCUCAGUCUUUCCAGUUCCAUUCAA